AUGGCCGAGUCAAGUGACUGUGCUCCCCCAUCCGCUCUUAUCUGGAAGGAAGGCGGGCCGGGUUUGGAUGACGAAGACGACGACGGUGUCCUGAAGAAUGACAUGGCGGCGCUCUGCAACGAGAUACUCGCCCUGGAAGCAGACGGCGAAUACGUAGAGUGGCUGUUGAGCAGAGAGAAGGAUCGCGAGAGCAGAACUCGCGACUCGUCGCCCGAGAGCUCGUGCGACCCCGCUCGUUCUGGUGCCAUUCGAUGGAUUGUUGAAGUCGGCUGUCAUCUGUCGAUACGUCGAUCGGUUCCUUCGUCUCUUGGAUUGUCUGUUCCUGAUGGGUUCCCCCUUCGGUUUCUCUUGCAGGCGCAGCGCUGUUUCCGAUUCGGAUUGAGAACGGCGUACACCGCGGUGGCGUACUUUGACCGCUUCUUUGCGCACAAAACCAUUGACACAAUGAAAGGCAAAACCUGGGCAGUCGAAUUGCUGUCGGUGGCAUGCUUGUCGUUGGCGGCGAAGAUGGAAGAACACAGCACGCCUGCGGUCUCAGAAUUCCGAGUGAAAGGCUACAGAUUCAGCAGCGAAGCAGCACAGAGGAUGGAGCUUUUUGUCUUGAGUACAUUAGAGUGGAGGAUGCUUACCGUCACGCCUUUCGCUUAUCUGAACGUCUUCGCAUCCAAGUUUGAUGAACGUGGACAGAAGGGAUUGAUAUCCAAAGCCAUCGACUUCAUCUUUGCAGCUAUGGAAGUGAUGAAUUUAGUGGAUUUCCAACCAUCAACUAUAGCUGCUGCAGCAGUUCUCGCUGCAUGGGAUGCAAGGUUGACUAAAAGGUUGGUGGAAUCCAAGACGAGUCUACUCUCGUGCUGUGGAUCGUUGGACGCCGUAAGUCCUGAAGCUAUAAGCUAUGCAUAUAUUGGUUUCUUAGGAAAUAGAAGUUGA